ACUCUGUGGUCAGGGAACUGCUCGCUAAGCACAGCUGCACAGUGCUGUCAGAGCGGCCGAUCCCCAGCCCAAGAUGAUUCCAGCAGUGGUCUUGCUCUUACUCCUUUUGGUUGAACAAGCAGGUCCUCCCUGAUGACCCUGACCUCAUGGGCACCUUUAUCCCCUCAGCGGCCCUGGGAGAGCCUCAGCUCUGCUACAUCCUGGAUGCCAUCCUGUUUCUCUAUGGAAUUGUCCUCACCCUCCUCUACUGUCGACUGAAGAUCCAGGUGCGAAAGGCAGCUAUAGCCAGCUAUGAGAAAUCAGAUGGUGUUUACACGGGCCUGAGCACCAGAAACCAGGAGACUUACGAGACUCUGAAGCAUGAGAAACCACCACAGUAGCUUUAGAACACAUGCGGUCGUAUUCUUCUUCGGCUUCUUGUUCUUCCAGCUCUCAUGGUUGGCAUCACAUACGCCUGCUUGCCAUUUAUGCGAGCUGGCCCUACCCCUACCCCUAUAAUAA